GUCCGUGAGAAAACAGGAUACGACCAUGCAUUUAAGUAUUUAAGCAUUUGAACUCUCCACUCUUUGCAUCUAUUCAUUUAACGCUAUGUCCCUCCGCAAGAGGCUGAGAAAUCUUGGGCACAAUCUCAAGGACAAAGCCUCGGUGAUCGCAGCAUCACUCUCUCUCAAGCGCCACGUGUCCUCCGUCCGCAUCCAUGUCCUCCACGCCACCACCCACCGCCUCUCUGCUCCGCCAUCCACGUCGCAAAUCGCCGCCGUUCUCUCCGCCGGAAAAGGCUCCUAUCUCCUGUCACGCACCUGCAUAGACACCAUCAUGGACCGCCUCCACAGAACCCGAAGCGCCACGGUGGCACUCAAAUGCCUCUUCACUCUUCACAACAUCGUAUCCGAGAGAAAGGGACCCUUAACGUUGAAGGACAACCUCUCCCACUACCCUUCGAACGGAGGACGCAACGCCCUUAACGUUUCCACCUUCCGCGACGACACGGACGUUGAAACCAUGGAGCUCAGCGCGUGGGUUCGAUGGUACGCUAAUGUUCUCGAACAUGUCUUAACCGUUUCGCGCGUUUUAGGUUAUUAUCUAAUAAACUCGAAUGACGGCACCAGAGAGGUUUUUUCGAGUGUCGAGUUGUUUCGUGAAAUACGAGGUCUCGUGGAUUUUGUUGAGCAAGUGAGCCACGCGCCUGAGUCGCUGCAUCUCCAAAAAAUUGAGUUGGUGUUCAACGUUGUGAGAUUGGUGUGUGAGGAUUACGGGCGCGUGCAACGCGAGAUUUUGCGGCGCGUGGAGGAGGGUGGAAAUAGGGUGGAGGAUUUGGAUGUUGGAGAGUUGAGGGAAUUUGUGAGGUGUAUGAAGAGAUUGGAGGGGUGUAGGGAGAAAUUGGUGGUUUUGUUUGUGAAUAGGAAGCGAAACGAUGCGUUUUGGGAUUUGAUUGGAAAGGUUAAGUAUAAGGGGGUGGAGGUGAUGGAGGAGAUGGAGGGGAAGUGGUUGAUGGUAGUGAAAAAGGGCAUGAACGAGUUGGCUGAGUCGACUCGGUUCGCUAACCCAUUUCUUGAGCCUGGGGAGUUUAUGUAUUCCGGUCCCACCGGGUGGCGCGUGGCCACGUGUCAACCUGUUCCAACGGUGGGAUGACAAUUUCCAACGGUCUUUGUCUAUAAGGUGUCAUUUGUUUGUUUUUCCUUUUUCGUUCUUGGUUCUUCUUUUUUAUUUUGUGACUUUUUUCCGCCGGUUUGUACAUAGUUUAAGAGAGAAAAGAGAGAGAUAUACUUGUAUAUGAGAAAGAGAUUUCUACCUAGAGAGAAAGAGAAUUUGUUUAAUUUUGAUUUUUAAAACUUACUAUCGGAUGGGAUGUUAUAACUGUAAAAGAUUCUCCAAUAGAGGGUCCAAGGCUAGGAAAUUAAGGAGAGGAAAUUUCGUUACAAGUUCUUCUUUUGUAUAGAAUGAUUUUUUCAUGAUUAAUCUUGAUUGUAAAAUUAAGGGUGACUUUUUCGUCUAUUACUUAAUCGUGUCAUAUGUGUUGCAAUGA